AGAAAGGUUCCCUGGGGAGAGGCGUAGAGAAAGGAGAGGAGCCAGUGGGGACCAUCGCUGCUAGUGCGUACUCUGUGAAGCAGGCGGAUGAUGGGGAAGAACCGAUGAAGGUGGAAGUGGUGGUGGGGGCUGAUGGCUGCUCUGACGACCUCAGCUGUGGGGAAGCCGACCUAGACCCCCACCUCCUAGGGCUUACGGAUGACGAGGAGAAAUGCCGGAAAAUCCGCAAGCAGUACCGGCAGCUCAUCCAUAACGUCCAGCAGAACCGUGAUGACAUUGUGAACCCCGCGAGCGACUCGUUAACCGAGGCUCUCGAAGAAGCAGAUGUCCUGUUUGAUGAAGUGAGCCGAACAAGAGAAGCAGCUCUCGAUGCCCAGUUUCUUGUUUUGGCUUCUGAUUUGGGUAAAGAAAAAGCAAAGCAACUAAACUGUGAUAUGAGCUUUUUUAAUCAAGUAGCGUUUUGUGACUUUCUGUUUAUAUUUGUGGGCCUAGACUGGAUGGAAGAUGAUGAACAUGAUGAAUUGAGUGGCUGUGAUGAUAAUACAGCUCUUUCCUUCUGGGAGACCGUACAGAAGGAAGCAACAUCCUGGAUAUUGCAGGCUGAAACAUUCCACUUUAUUUUUGGUUCAUUCAAAUCCAAACCUGCACCAAAGCCCCGACUUCAACACCACAAAAAAGCUCACAAAGUGGAAGAAAAUGGGGAUAUGCCUACAAAACUGAGGAAGUUGGACAUGAGUAAUAAUCAAGAAGCAACAGAAAAAGAAGUAGAAAGAAUCUUGGGAUUGUUGCAAACUUACUUUCAAAAGUAUCCUGAUACUCCCGUGUCCUAUUUUGAGUUUGUGAUUGAUCCAAACUCUUUUUCUCGUACUGUGGAGAAUAUAUUUUAUGUUUCUUUCAUUAUAAGGGAUGGUUUUGCGAGAAUAAGGCUUGACCAAGACAGGCUGCCGAUAUUAGAGCCGAUUAAUAUUAACCAAGUGGGUGAGGGAAAUGAUCCCAGUUCUCAUGGCAGGAAACAAGGAGUUAUAUCUUUGAGUUUACAGGACUGGAAAAAUAUUGUGGCAACUUUUGAAAUUUCAGAGGCCAUGAUCACAAACUCAUACUAGGAAUUUUUGUUCUUAGUAUAGGAUGCAUUUUGUGGCUUUUCUAAAGUAUCUCAAAAUGGAGAGUAAAAUCAAGCAGAAGCAAAUAAUUGUAUUUCAUGUAAAGUGAAAAAGUAUUUUCAAAAACACCAGAAAUUGUUUUACUGUGCAGUGUAUUUUCUUUUUUUUGGUAGUUUAUAACGUUGUCACGAUCUUCUGUAAUUAAAAAUUAU